GGUGCGAGAAAGGGGAAGGGGAGGUGAGAGAAGCACCUCAACAUUCAAGUCCAGAGCCUUGAGACGCCACUUUCCUGCAGGCCAAGGGCUUUGCACCACUUGCCAAGAUGACGGAGGGGCCCAAGAAGGCCAGCAAAAAGUUCAAGUUCUUCAAGUUCAAGGGCCUUGGGAGUCUCUCCAACCUCCAUCGGUCCUUCACUCUGAGACGGUCCUCAGCCCCCGUCAGUAUCCGUUCCUACCUAAAACCUGAAACAUUUGAGGCCACACAGGAUGACAUGGUGACAGUCCCCAAGAGCCCCCUGGCCUAUGCUCGCUCCAGUGACAUGUACAGUCACAUGGGCACCAUGCCUCGCCCCAGCAUCAAGAAGACUCGGGGACAACAGGCUGCCCAGGAGGCCCGGGAGGUGGGCCCUGAGCCCCAUUUGGUGCCCCGAGGUCUGCCCGACCCCCCAAGCUUGGAGGCAGCCGAGGAAGUGGUGGUGGGGACUGAAACGCCCCUGGAGAACACCUCGGCAGUGGGACCCAACCCUUCUGCAGUGGAGGUGGACCCCAUGAGAAAGCCUGAAGACCCCAGGGCAGACACAGAAGAGGAGACAGCCCCCGGGAAUGUGCCCCCAGAAAGGGCUGCUGGAGAGCUGGAGGCUGGUGGCGACUAUGUGAAGUUCUCCAAGGAGAAGUACAUCCUGGACUCAUCGCCUGAGAAACUGCACAAGGAGUUGGAAGAAGAACUCAAGCUCAGCAGCACAGAUCUCCGUAGCCAUGCCUGGUACCAUGGCCGCAUCCCCCGUGAGGUCUCGGAGACCCUGGUGCAGCGCAAUGGCGACUUCCUCAUCCGGGACUCGCUCACCAGCCUGGGUGACUACGUGCUCACGUGCCGGUGGCACAACCAGGCCUUGCACUUCAAGAUCAACAAGGUGGUGGUGAAGGCGGGCGAGAGCUACACGCACAUCCAGUACCUGUUCGAGCAGGAGAGCUUUGACCACGUACCCGCCCUCGUGCGGUACCACGUGGGCAGCCGGAAGGCUGUGUCGGAGCAGAGCGGCGCCAUCAUCUACUGCCCUGUCAACCGCACCUUCCCCCUGCGCUACCUGGAGGCCUGCUAUGGCCUGGGCCAGGGCAGUGGCAAGGCUGCCAGCCCCGCCAGCCCCUCGGGCCCCAAGGGCAGCCAUAUGAAGCGGCGCAGUGUCACCAUGACCGAUGGACUCACUGCCGACAAAGUCACCCGCAGCGAUGGCUGCCCUGCCAGCACAUCACUACCCCACUCCCGGGAAUCCAUCCGCAACUGCGCCCUCAGCAUGGACCAGAUCCCAGACCUGCACUCGCCCAUGUCCCCCAUCUCUGAGAGCCCCAGCUCCCCUGCGUACAGUACCGUGACCCGUGUUCACACCACCCCUGCAACCUCCUCAGCCACAACACUGCCCGCCUCCCCUGUCACCCGCCGCUCCAGUGAACCCCAGCUGUGUCCUGGAAGUGCCCCAAAGCCUUCUGGGGAGCCAGACAAGGGCCCUUAUGCCAGCCCUUCCCACACCCUCUGCAAGGCCUCUCCAUCACCAUCGCUCAGCAGCUACAGUGACCCGGACUCUAGCCAUUACUGCCAGCUCCAGCCUCCCGUCCGUGGCAGUGAGUGGGCAACAGUUGAGGCCUCUAGCCGGCAGGCAAAGAGCUACGGGGAGAGGCUAAAGGAACUGUCAGAAAACAGGGCCCCCGAGGGGGACUGGGGCAGGGCCUUUACAGUCCCCAUCGUGGAAGCCACCUCUUCCUUCAACCCAGCCACCUUCCAGUCACUACUGAUCCCCAAGGAUAACCGGCCACUGGAGGUGGGCCUCCUGCGCAGGGUCAAGGAGCUGCUGGCAGAAGUGGAUGCCCGGACGUUGGCCCGGCACGUCACCAAGGUUGACUGCCUGGUUGCUAGGAUACUGGGCGUUACCAAGGAGAUGCAGACCCUAAUGGGAGUCCGCUGGGGCAUGGAGCUGCUCACCCUCCCCCAUGGCCGGCAGCUACGACUAGACCUGCUGGAAAGGUUCCACACCAUGUCCAUCAUGCUGGCUGUGGACAUCCUGGGCUGCACAGGCUCUGCUGAGGAGCGGGCAGGACUUCUGCAUAAGACCAUCCAGCUGGCAGCUGAACUUCGGGGGACCAUGGGCAACAUGUUCAGCUUCGCCGCAGUCAUGGGUGCCCUGGAUAUGGCCCAGAUUGCCCGGCUGGAGCAGACGUGGAUGACCCUGCGGCAGCGACACACAGAAGGUGCCAUCCUCUAUGAGAAGAAGCUCAAGCCAUUUCUCAAAAGCCUCAACGAGGGCAAAGAAGGCCCCCCGCUGAGCAACACCACCUUUCCUCACGUACUGCCCCUCAUCACUCUGCUGGAGUGUGACACAGCCCCUGCCGAGGGCCCCGAGCCCUGGGGCAGCACGGAGCACGGUGUGGAGGUGGUGCUGGCCCACCUGGAGGCUGCCCGCACAGUGGCACACCACGGAGGCCUGUACCACACCAACGCUGAGGUCAAGCUGCAGGGGUUUCAGCCCCGGCCAGAGCUCCUGGAGGUGUUCAGCACUGAGUUCCAGAUGCGCCUUCUCUGGGGCAGCCAGGGCGCCAGCAGCAGCCAGGCCCGGCGCUAUGAGAAGUUCGACAAGGUUCUCACUGCCCUGUCCCACAAACUGGAGCCUGCCGUCCGAUCCAGCGAGCUGUGACCCACAUGGACCCUUCCCCUCUGCAAGCUGCAGGCAGCAACGGGGACAGAGGGGCACAGACCUUUCCCCGGAGCACCCCAGGGACACUGUGAUCAGCCCAAGAAUGUUCUGGGCUCAAUGCCAGGAUCGCCCUUCACCUCCAGGGUCCUGCAUAGACUCUGGGCUCCGUCCCACCUGCCACAUGCACACCAAGUCUCCCUUCAGGAAGAGCCGGAACCCUUGUUCCUUUCUCCAGCGUCUGCUUCUCCCCUU